AUGUCCAACAUCGACUCGCACCCACGCAUCCUCUCACUUAGCUCCUCCUCCGUACCCAGGUCGACAUCAAACUCCUCUUCCAUCAUCUCAACGCCCGUCUCGCAGUCCAGCCGCGUCAGCCUCGACUCGCAGCACAACGCACGCCACUUUGUCGACCUGGGCAAGCCGGACAAGGAUCUCAACUUGUCGAUCAGGAAGCUCUGGAUGCAGGUCAAAGUUGCGGCGCGCGAGCACCAUCGUAGUGUCAAUGCGGCGUAUGAGGCGGUGCAUGGCACGGGGAGGGUCGGGGUUGUUGGGGGUGUGAGGGUUGAAUAG